AUGUUCAAAAUAACUCCUCGUCGACACGAACUUCUGUCAGUAUUUAUGAUGUCAAUGGCGGCAAAUUUCAUGUUUUUGGGUUAUGAUGUUCAAACAAUGAUGGCUGAAAGUGUCAUCCAUUCAGUUAGCUCAAAACAUCCGGAAAGAAUCUCAGAAUAUGCUGGAUAUUAUGGCCAGGCUAUUCAUUACAUCUCAUUCGCAUUUUUCUCACUUUUCACUGCUUCUUUGCAAUUUUACAUGUCUUCGAAGUGGAUGUUUGUGAUUGCUUCUUCGAUUUUUGUAUUCUCCUAUUUAUCAUAUUUCUAUAUUAAUUCUUAUAUUUUCUAUUCGGCUCAAUUGAUCAUGGGAUUCGCCUACGCUGGUAAGUUCUUUUGAAAAAACCUGUUUGGUUAUCAUUUCAACAUUUGAACUGUGCCCUCUAGAAGUGAUGAAAUAUGAACUAGAAUGAUCGUAUUUUUCACACCCUUCCGCAACGACGAAACAUUUGAGAGACGGUUAGAGAAAAAACAAUUGUCAAUAGGGCGAACAUGCGUUGAUUAAUAAAAUAGUGACCUCAAACUCGCCUAAUCACGUUUCAGGGAAAAAGUAGCAAGUUUUGCUUUUUUGAAUUUUUAAAAACAAUGUUGAAAAACUCACUUUUCCUCCAGUUUUCCUCCUUUUUGAAAAUCAUUCAACUCAAAUUCGCUUCGAUAUUUCCAUCAUUUUGCUGACGUUUUUCCUGUAAAAUAGAAAUAAGUGAAAUCUAAAUAAGAACUCCAAACUGAAGAAAAAAUCAAGAAUGUACAUUUUUUUAUAAAAUUACUUUUUGAUCACCAUAAAACUAUCGAAAAUCAACUAAACUUGUGUUACUUGUACUAGAAAAAGAGAUAAAUAUGAAUUUUACAACAAGUUUCACUCAAAUUCAUGGAAAAACAACAAAAAAUACGUUUUUCGAAAAACAAAAACAAUUCUCAGCAUUUGCAGAUGUAGCUAAAUCAUAUUUUGAGGGUUUUCGUAGGUGAACCGUAGAAAGAACUUGAAUCUCCAGCUAAAUCGAAGCAACAAUUUACCUCAGUGUUUCUGACCGAUUUCUCAGCUAAAACACACAUACGUUUUAGCUACGGUUUUUUGGCGCGCAAACAUGUUUUUUUCGUUUUGUUUUGUUUUUCGACGAUUUUCGUGGCCUAAAGCCUAGAAAAAUGCUGACUACAUAUUAUAUCGUCUACGCGUCAGUGUUUUAUCGAUGGAGAACGAGUAAGUUCAUCUAAAAGUUACGUUUUACGUUGAAUUUUUGCAGAAAAACAGUCAGUUUGUUGCGUUUCUCGAAAAAGUGGAAAGUGAUGGUGAAAUCUUCAAUAAAUGAGGUAAUUCCAACAAAAUUUUCAAUAUUCCACAAUGUUUCCCAAUUUACAGAUGUCAAUAACAAGAAAAAAGCCGGAUGUCAUGAAUUCCGACCAAUUUGGCUCCUAAUAGGUUUUUGGGAAGUUAAACCGCCAGAUGGAGUCGCAAAUAUGCACAAACACCACAUCGUCAUGUUUUGCAAGCCUACCGCUCUAUUGGGAAAUUGUAAAUGCUGCUUUUCUAUCCCAUAUUCGGCCGGUCCAGGAUCCAGAAGCUAUCAAACAACUGCGAGAAAAAUAAGUGUUUCUGGUGAAUAACUGACUAUAAUUUCAUUUCCAUAUGUUAUUGUAUGUUUCAAUACGAAUAAAUGUUUUAUAUUUGCAAGUUUUCUAACUACGCCAAAUACAGAAAGAAACCCGCAUGAGCAGUAUUUCGCAAUAAACAGGAAAACAGUUUUCGUAGCUAAAACAUGCGUGUGUGUUUCGUAGCUAAAACAGACUUCGGUGUGUGUUUGUAGCUAAACCGCACACUGUUCGUAAAUAAAACGCAAGUGUCAAGGGCUGCGAUCGGUUGAGCUAUGAAUUAGCUACAUCUGCAAGUGCUGAGAAGAAAAUAAAAGUAAAAAUGGAAGUGCGCCCUAUUGAUAAAAAGUUGCAUGUUGCGCACUCUUUCAAAAAUUUGUGUGUUUCGUCUGCUUUGUUAUCAAGGGGGGUUCUUGGAAUCAAUUUUUUUUUCAAAAUCAAAAUCAAACAACACAAGCAAAUAUUUCUGCGAUUUUUUUCUCUUCUAAUAGUAUAUUUUUCAGUUUUCAACAAUGCCGAAGGAAUGUAUUUAUCCGAACAUUCAACCCGCCGAACAAUUGACUCAAAUAGCGCCCUUGAAACCGGAAUCGGCCACACUUCUCUAUUUUUCGGCGGAGUUCUCAUGUGCAUUCUUUUCUACUUCGUUCCCCACAAUUUCGACGGGCAUUUCCUGAACUUUGAUGAGAAUAUAGUUCGCGUCAUAUUCUUGUCAAUCAUGGCAAUUUCAUCAGUAGCUGUAUUGAUCUUCUCAUUUCUCCCAACAAAACAAUACGAUUCAAUUGCCCUGAAUACCGAAAGAAUCUCACCAUCCAUCAAGAAACAAUUCAGUGAGUCUUCGAAUAUUCGAGGGAACUUUAAAACAAAAUUGUGUUUCAGAGCGAUUCGGCCACGCUUUGGGUCAUUUGAACACGUUGCUUUUGAUCUUUACAUAUUGCUAUAUGGGUUUUAUGGUUUCAUUCAUGUAUGGAAUUUAUCCAACAUCGUUGAGUUUUACUGAACAAACAGCUGGAGAUGUUUAUAUUAUUGCGAUUUAUCUGCUUUCUUCGGGAUGUGCAGCUUUUACAAGUGAGUUAGGAAGUGGAAUUCUGAAGUUAAGUCGAAAUUCUGAAGUUCAGAAGAACACAGUUGAAAUCGCAGUAAAUUCAAAAUAGUUUAGGGCUGAUUCACAAACGAAAAAAAUGUUUAAAAUUUUUUUUAACAUCGAAAAAUCAAUUCACGAAAAGUCAAAAAAUGUCGAAAAAACAUUGUAGGUCAAAAUUAGUUUUUCGAGUUUUUCAGCCAAAAAUGGUGACAAAUCGAUAUUUUCAAGCUUCUGGAGCAAUUUCUGAUUAAAAUUGACCUUGGAAUUCACUUUUCAGAAGUUUUUGCUAAUUUUUCGUAAAAAAUUUUUUUUUUAAUUUUGAGGAAUUUCGAAAAAAUUCAUAAAAUAAAGCAAAAUAGGGUUCUCGAAGCUUAUUUUCAUCAGAAAUUACUCCAGAAGCUUCAAAAAUAUUGAUUUUUCAUCAUUUUUGGCUGAAAAACUCGAAAAACUAAUUUUGACCUACAAUGUUUUUCCGACAUUUUUUUCGUUCGUGAAUCAGCCCUUUUGAAAAAUCUGAAUUCAGUGUGUAUUUUACUACCUCAAGACCUCUGAAUUUUCUGGUAGAUCAAAAAUAUUUUUCUCUAAUGGGGCUAUUCAUGUAUUUUCUCAGCAUGUUGAGAAAACAGGAGAAAUGCGGAGGAAAUACAUUUUCUCCGCUUUUUUCGUAUUUUCUCAGCCUACCUGAAUAGGUUUUCUCCGCUUUUCUCCCGUUUUCUCAGCGUUGAAAAAUAACAUGAAUAGCCCCAUAAAUCUCUCACUUUUGCGUUGAAUUUCGACCUCAAAUCAGUAAAAUUUUCGGAAAACAUUGAAAAAUUGAUGAAUUCUAGAUAAUUUUCGAAAAAAAAACGAUUUUCGGGAUUUCUGAGAAAAAACUGCAGAAUUAUCAUUCAAAACCCCCUGAAAAAUUCCAAUUCCAAUUCCCAUCUUUUUUCCAGGCACAAUCCUCAUCCGCCCAAUGAUCAAACGACUUCACAAAUACAAAUUAAUCGUUCCCAUGACAAUCCACGUCCUCGCAAUGCUCUCCGUCUUCGUUUUGAUCUACCUUUCUGUUCCCAAUACCGCCACCCAAAAACCAACAGAAAAUGUCCAAGUUCUGCUAUCACCUUGUCGAAAACUAUCAAUAAUCAUCGGCUUCCUUUUGGGUCUCGCUGAUUUCACAAUCACAAUGUCUCGAAGUGUCAUCUGCCAGAUUGCUGUUCCCGAAUAUCGUGCCGAAUUAUUCAGUUUGACUCGAUGUUAUCAAUGUCUCGCAUCCUGUUUCAUUCUCUUCAUCUCUCCAUAUCUCACAGUCUUUUCAUGGAUCAUAAUUCUAUUCAUCGGAUUAUUCCUCGGAACUUCGGCCAUCUUCACAGUACUUUAUCGAACUCCCACAAUUUCAAUCGCUUCUCCAAUUGAACCACUCAAAGAAGUUGAAGAUGUUGUAUGUGUUGCCUAG